AACAACAACAACAAUACAAUAGUGAAAACAUUUCUCAUCUAUGGAUCUCAGAAAAUUUAUAUACCAAAGAAAUUUUCUAAAUGUUAUGCUUCAAAAUGUACACUUAUCACCGGAAUGGAAAGAUGGCGUGAAGCUGAUGCACUUAUUUUAACAAAAGAUGAACAACCAAAUGGAAUUCGACCAAAUGGACAAUUAUGGUUUAGUCUAACACAUGAAUCUCCUAAACAUAUAUCAUUGGCAAACACACUAGAAAAUGAAGUUAACUUUACCAUAUCCUAUCGUUUUGAUUCAACGAUUUAUUCACCAUACGGUUACUAUGAACCGUAUUUAAAGUAUCAUGGACCAAAAACAAGAUAUCCUCUGCCUUCUCGAAAUUUUGCUGCUGGCAAAUCGAAAAAAGUAGCAUGGUUUGUGAGCAACUGUGCAGCUAAAAGUCCUAGACUACAAUAUGCUGAGGAACUUUCAAAAUAUAUCUCGGUUGAUAUAUAUGGUAAGUGUGGUACAAAAGUAUGUUCUAGGAAUUUGAUAAAUGACCCUUCGUUACUUGACUGUUUUAAAUUGAUUCGUCAGAGCUACAAAUUUUAUCUGAGUUUUGAAAAUAGUUUAUGCAGUUGGUAUAUCACUGAGAAACUUUAUAAGAAUGCAUUGAAAAAUGAUAUACUUCCAAUCGUGAUGGGUGCAUCGAUAGAGGAAUAUGAAAGAGUCGCUCCUCCAUACUCGUUCAUUCACGUUGAUCAAUUCGAAUCACCAGCUAAACUGGCAGACUAUUUGAAGUAUUUGGACAAGAACGAUACUGCAUAUAAUGAAUAUUUUGCAUGGCAUGGUCAUGGAAUCAUACAUGAUUACGAUGCCCAACCUCAAUGUGCAAUGUGUCUACUAGCUCAUACAUCUCAUUCAUUUGGUCCCCAUUGGGUUCCGCGUGUGGCACGAUGGUGGAAUGAUGGAUGUAAUGGUCGGAAAUUACGUUGGAAUCUAUGAAUUGUGAAUAUUGACAAUAUUAACGCAGUUGCUUUCUACUAUGUUUGACUGUGUGACAUACCCAAAUCUUUUGCUUCCUCUCCAUAUUGAAUUCGCUACAUGUUCUUUUUUACACUCCCUUGUUACUUUUGAACUGAAUCAACCUGUUAAUAAAAUAAUAUAUCUGUAAUUGGAAUUUAGCAAAUCAAACCUUUGUAAUUGAUACCUACUGAAUGAACCUUCAUUUAUACUUGAAUCUGCAAAUAAAUUCUUUAAGUAAUCGAUCA